AACUGGAAUGUCUGGACCAGUUGAGUCACUGGCGACAAAAAAUCAACUAUCAGACGAAGCACUUGAGAACAGCAACGAGGAAAUACUACCUAAAGAAGCUGCUGAAUCAAUAAUGGCUGAAUCCAAAUCAAAAUAUUCGACUUUGGUAUCAAUAGAGGAUACAUCAAUGGGUGUUACAGAGUCAGAGGGGAGUUUCACUGAGGAAACAUUUAGCUCAAUAAGUGGAUGUCAAGAAAUAAUUGAUGAACACACCCUCGACUUGUGGAUACAGACAGCUUUGUCAGGGGACACUGAUGAAACACAAGAGGGGCCAGAGAAUGGACAACAAGCUGAGCCAUCAAAUGAGGAUCAAGGUGAAAUAUCAUCAAUGCAGCAAGAGGAGAGUAAAGAGCAGCUUGUUGAUCUAGUGAGUGACUUAGAGAUGUCUUCAUCAACAGUAGAGUCUGGAUUUUCAGACCAGUCUCUGGGUGAAGUGGGCACACAAAGCAGUGAAACUCAGCUACUGAAGUCAACUAGUGCUGAAUCAUUUCAAGGCAUAUGUGACAAGUUGGAGAAUGUGUCAGAAUCGGUGGAGUCGGUGGAGCCAUCAAAUGAGGAUCAAGGUGAAAUAUCAUCAAUGCAGCAAGAGGAGAGUAAAGAGCAGCUUGUUGAUCUAGUGAGUGACUUAGAGAUGUCUUCAUCAACAGUAGAGUCUGGAUUUUCAGACCAGUCUCUGGGUGAAGUGGGCACACAAAGCAGUGAAACUCAGCUACUGAAGUCAACUAGUGCUGAAUCAUUUCAAGGCAUAUGUGACAAGUUGGAGAAUGUGUCGGAAUCGGUGGAUAUCUCUGAAUUUACAUCACAACACUCUAAAUCUCUGAUGAGGGAAACUUCUGUGACCGAUCUGAAACAGGAGGAAUUAGUCACUGCAACAGGAUUUCAACCCGAUUCAGGGGUCACAUCACCAGAGGCAACAGAUUUGAAUCAGGAAUCGGAUAAAUCACAAGAAGAAGCAGACAAAGAAAGAGUUGAACCAGUUGAGCUUGAAACUGGGUCACAAAUAGAGAUCAGUGAUGAAGUAGUGGACCAAGCAAUGACAACUGACCGGAAAGACACAGAAGAGGCAAAUAUAAAGUCAGAAAUAACAGGCACUGAAGAUGAACCUCUUGAGAUGUCUUACUCUCCAGAUGAACUCAAACACACUGAAUCAGGACGAUCUAGAAGCAGCUCAGAGGCUUUGUUAGAGGAGGAAGUGGAACUGACUGAAUCUGGUUCACAGGGAGAGAGCUGCACUGAAUCCGAGAGGAAGUUACUGAAGUUGCCCUCACUGGACAAACCACAGCCCAGAUGGUCCGAGGAUGUCACGGGAUCAUUAGCUGCAGCUGAAGAGGCAGAACAGCAGGCAACAAAGUCUGAUGAACAAAUGGAGGUGGAUGCCUUUGUCCUUGACUUUACUGUGCAAAGGUCAAGAAUUGCGAUUAAAAACCCUCGUGUAAGGCCACCCAAAGAUCCCCGCUCCCUUCUGCAUAUGCCCUCACUGGAUCCCACUCCUUCUUCACCUCUGCCAGUCAAAGCUCCUGUGGGUAUGCCUUUGGGAGGCUUGGGCAUUGGAAUAAAACUGCCUGGGCUUGGUGCAGGUUUUCCUGUUUUAAAAAAGACACAACGAGUGGUUAGAGAUGAAAAUAGCCCGGAAACUCUCUCAGAGGAGACAAAGGCAGAGGAGAAGAGUGACACUCCCAAACAAGAAGAGGCACAACGCAAACCGAAAUGGAUGCCACCAAGACAUCCAGGAUUUGGGAAUCCACUUAUGUCUGAGCUGAAGACCAAACUGAAGAAAACAAACGAGUGAGACAAAGAUGGAUUGUGAUGUUUUGUAUGAAUAUUUGAAUAUAAUAUACAAAUGGCUUUAUUUUUGAUGUAUUUAUGAAAUUGAAUAAUGUGAUGAAAUGUGCAUUGUGUUAAGUACUUGCUCUAUGUUUUGUAAUAAAG